AGUAAAUAGCAUAUUCAAGAAAAUCCUGUAGGCCUAUACAUUCCAAUAAAAGCUUAUUCCAGUAAUAAAUAUAACCCAGAAAAUAGAAUUUGUGGUGAGGUAAUCUUUUUUAUUUAGGGCCUAAAGACCUAUAAGUGGUUCGCUGCCUACCAUAAUCUCGGCUCCAACUUUUCAAGACAAAUAUUUUCAUUCAGUGUUUCCAUUCUUAGAGAUGUUUUUUUUUUUCAGCGUCCCAGUGAUUCUGAUAAUUGUUUAUUUGAUCUGAACUCUUUUAAAGGUUGAAAUAGUAACAGGUCGAGUUAAUAUAAUGUCUACAUCAAGCAAACAGACAGGCAGAUAGAUAGACAGACACAACAUUUUCUGGCAUAUAGCCUACUAUAUGUCUAGGUAGCUAUAUAUUGGCGCUUUAAGGAUGCUUUUCCGUCUCUGUCAUCGACAGAGGUGGCUUGUCCACCUAGACGUGUGCGCGCUGUGGACUAAAAAAAAACGGUUGGAGCAGACUUGUGUUGGGGGAGGAAGAGUGAGUGAUUGGGGACGACUGUCAAGAGUUACAGCUUAGUAGUGCUCACACUGUCUGCCCUACCGACAAUGUUGUCAGUGAAUGGACUUUCGUGUUUGCUUCUACUAUUUGACGCACUUAUCUCAAACUCAUACACUUCGGCAUCGAGGAUAUCCAACGAGAGACCAGAGGAAAUGAAUCCACCUGCCACGGGGCUUGGGGUGAAGGAGCAUUUUCAGAUUGUUACACAGCACAAUAGACUGCGUAGUCGGGUCAGCCCUAUGGCCGCGAACAUGCAGAAAAUGGAGUGGAGUGAGCCGCUGGCUCUCCUAGCCAGGGAAUGGGCAGCCUCCUGCUCCCUGGACACUGCCGAACAGGAGCAGAGCCUGGGGCACGUGGGCUGGAACACCCAUCAGUCAGCUCACAGAGAAGCCUCCUUCACCGAGGUCAUCGACUCUUGGUUUCUCGAAGGCCGGGACUACGUCUACCUGGGCGGUCAGUGUAGGGAGAACAGCACCUGUCAACACUACACACAGCUGGUGUGGGCCACAUCCAGACACGUUGGCUGUGCUCAGCAUGUGUGCAGGAGAGGAGGCUCGCUUUGGGACCUGUUUGUGUGUGCCUACUCCCCCGGGGGGAACUGGGAGGUGAAUGGCCGGCCUGUGGGGCCCUACAAGGCUGGAGUCGAUUGCUCCCUCUGCACCUCCUCCAUGUCUGGCUGCUUCAGGCUCUGGAACCAUGUUGGGGGACUUUGUGAGAUUCCACGCAACCCGUGUCGGAUGAGCUGUGGGCAGCGCGGUCGUCUGAACAUCUCCUCGUGCCAGUGUCACUGUUCCCCCGGCAUCACCGGCCGCUUCUGCCAGGUGCGCUGUAGUGUCCAGUGUGUCCAUGGGCGGUACAGAGAGGAGGAGUGCUCGUGUCAGUGCAAUAUCGGCUACGGUGGAGCCCAGUGUGCUGAGAAGCUGCAGUUCCCCUACCACAGCUGUGAUGUGCAGAUUGAUGGAGAAUGCUUCAUGGUGUCUUCAGAGGCUGAGGCAUACUACCCAGCCAAGCUGCACUGUCAGGAGAGAGGGGGUAUUCUGGCUCAAAUCCACAAUCAAAAGGUUCAAGACAUCCUGGCCUUUUACCUCAGCCAGCUGGAGACCACCAAUGAGGUGACAGACCCUGACUUUGAGACGAGGAACUUCUGGAUAGGACUUACCUACAAGACCCUGAAGGACGCCUUUCGCUGGGACACUGGAGAGAGUCCUGCUUUCACCAGCUUUGCUUUUGGACAGCCUGAUAACCUAGGCUUUGGGAACUGUGUGGAGAUGCAGGCUGCCAGUGCCUUCAACUGGAACGAUCAGCGCUGCAAAACACGCAACAGAUACAUCUGCCAGUUUGCUCCGGAGCAUAUAGCGGUAUGGGAGAGAGGCCGGUGAGUAGACCUGUUACCAACAUGAAGAUCCAGAGGUGGGGGCAGUAAGGAGAGUUUCAUGAGAAUGAACCGCGCUGGACUGAGUCCCCUGUCUGCACUGCACUUCAGGUCAUCAACUCAAUACCCAGGGGCAACUGCUGAACCCCCAUUUGAAAUUUUCUUAAGGUGUGCGAUAAAGAGACAUACUAGGACAUGCGGUUGCUAAGACUCACAACCACCCUCACCACCCCCACACCUGCCCAACACCCACCCAUCCUCUCUUCUUUUGGAACUUGGCUCGGAGGACAGGCCCUAAUUUUUGUGUUUUACAGCAGUGAGCACACUCACUCACGCUCCCCCAUCCCUUUUCCUGGAUUCAUGUUUUGUGCAACUGCUGCAGUGGCUGUCUGAACAGGUUUGAGGGAUGGUGGGGUGGGGUUAGGGUCGGGGGAGAGGGGCGGCAAGUCUGGGUCCUUCUCCGCAGCUCUCCUCCAGCGUCUUCCAGCGUCUGGUCGUCUUCUUAUUCCAGCGGGUCUCAGCCCCCUCUAAAACCCAUACAUAUUAAUGGGACUGAUAAACACAUGGCGCAGACGCAGUGGAGCAGUCCACUGCCACCACGGGCUGGGGAGCUCUGUGCCUCUCUGUUUGUAUUUUUCCCCAUUUGUAUUUCAUUCCCACCAUCAUUCCUUCCUGUCCUCUGCCGCACUCUCCAGCUCUUGUUUCUAGUGGAUUCUCAGUUCCUGUUCACAUUUUCCAGUCUGCAGAGAUGGUAAGGGUACUGAGGUGUGAGGCUUAAGUUAAAUCACAGAUACCGUCAUUAGAAAGUCACUUGUAAAUCGAAAGUCUUCAUUUCCCAAACACUUCAUGGAGUUCAAGUUCAAGAUCUUAAGUCUGCCUCUUUUUGUGCACUUACUUAUCAAGGGAAAUGCUGUUAAGUAGAUGGUUGAUUAAUUUUGUUUUUGAUGAUUGCUAGUAUAUCUUAUAAUUUAAGUUUUUAAAGCUGUUAAAAAAGAAACACUGCAUAUGAAGGUUAUACCAAGUUAACUUAGUCCAUAUGGCAUACAGGUUGAUGUAUCAGUAAACAAAAACUGAAAACUCGCUAACACUCCAGUGACUCAGUCACAGACGUCUGUGUCCGGCCUCUAGACUACUGAGGGGGACAAGGCCUAACUUUUUUUUUUCUGAAACCCAAAACAUGAAAGUCAGCAUCAAGCUGUGUUGUAAAAAAAGGCACUAGCUGCAUUCUUUGUUGUCUGAAAUGUAACAAUGUUUUAUUCACUUUAUAUGAAGCAGCUUUUCAAGGUUUGCAGCUCACUUUUCCACGUUUGGGUUUGCAAAAUCAUUCUUUGAAAAAGACCUCCACCGAAAGCCGAUGCAACCAUGACCCAUCUAAGCUUCAGCGAGAAUAUCUCACACCUCUAGAGAGGAUUACGGGAUCCACAUUUUCCGCAGAAAAAACCCUCAAGUUGUCAGGAGUUCUCUUGUGUUUGCUCUAACUAUUCACGCUCAUCCGGAGAAUUGAUCCCAUCCUUUGUUCAACGCUCAAUCUCCUCCAUAUUGUCAUGUCGUGGUGUUCAGACCAAAUAUACAAUACUGUUAAUACUAAUUUGCCUAGUUAGACCAGACAUUAUAGUACUGUAAAACGCACUGAGAUGUCAUUGUAAUAUUUGAAAGCAGUUAAUCACGCUGCUGCUAGGCAACAAAGGAUUCCUUAAAUGAUCAAGGAAGUGGAGUAAGUGUCAAAGCAGCUUUUUCAGUCUUCUGCAAUCUGUUGUUUAGAUGGAAUUCUAUGCAAUUAGCCAUUUCUAGGAAUUUGUACAACAUGUAUAGUGUCUUAUUAGUAUGUUUCAUCUGUCUUCAUUUUGAAUACACCUGGUACUAUUAAAAAUAUGAAGAUGGUUUUUGCAUUUAGGGGGUUGUACAUUUAAGCCUGAUCAAUGUCAGACUGAUUACUGCUUCCCAGUCCAAUUUAUGAUUGAAUCAUUUCCAUGGCUACCACAGUGUACAGUGGUCUUACACUACCCAUAACUAUUAUGUCAAUAGCUAUUUAUUUUGUCAAUGUUCAUUUUAGUGUGAAGACUUUUGUUGUUUCUCAAACAAGACAAUAUUUGUUUUGGAGCCCUUCUAGACUGCAGAAGUGCUUCUACUGCAACUUGUACUAGAAUGCCUAUGGUUCUUAAUAAUGGUCAGGCCAUCAGGCAUAUGUGUCUCCUAGGGUUCUUGUUUAGCUGAACAGAGCUUUCAUUCAAUCUUCUUUUUUUGAGAUUUUCAUUUCCCAGAACACUUACUUCACCAAGGCAAUGUAACUUCACAAAAACCGACCAAGUACUGUCAUUAUGGCUUUUCGUAUCUGCCAAGAUAAUAUGUUCAACCAUAACGUCCUGCAGUAAAAAUGCUUCAUAUUCAGCCUACAGUCAUAUGACAUGAAUGUGAAAUGUCAUAUGACCCCAAAAAUAUCCUCCACCACAAUCAAAACAAAAAAAAGCUCCUUCCAAUUUGUUGCUUCCCUGGAGCUCGGCCACACAAAUAUUUACUGCUUCACUUCGUCUUCUUGGCUGCUGCCUUUAAUUAGAAUAGAUUGCACUUGUCCUCUGUGUCUCUCCCUGUGAACUGUGGCCAGCUGUUACAGCAGACAAAUAAAGUAGGCAGGAACCAACCCACAGCUAUUGAGCUCCAGACAAGUCAUUGGAGGAAGUAUGUAGAAGUAUGUGUGGUAUUCUUUUUUUUUUUCAUUAUGGUUUUUUUUAUCAUUAUUUAACGAUGCAAAGAAAUAUUUUUUAAAUACUGAGAGGGCCGCUGUCGUUUGUUAAUAGGAACCACAAGGAUGUGUUAAUUUGUUACAUUUCAAUGGUUACACAGAUUGAUUACACUAUAGUUAGAGAUUGUAACUUAAAAAUAAAAAGUCCUUGUCUAAUUAGCAAAAGCUUUGUAUCUUUAAUUGCAUGCUUUGAUUUUAAGUUUUGUCAUUUGUGGGGGUGACAUGAAUUAUUAUUCAUGAUAAGGUUGACUACAGCAAUAUAGCAGUUAUAGAGACUUUUUUGUGUUUUACUUUUUUUAAAUAACAUUUAUAAGUCAUCUCAGUGUAUGGACUCUAAUUUCCAGGUUCUCCUGCAGUCAGCAAUGGCUUGCAGUAAUUACCAGGUUCUCAAAUUACAUAAGGGGUAUAAAAGAAAGUAAAAUAAAAGAAAUCUUCUUUCAUUUAAGAAGAUAUUACAGCCACAUUAUCAUCCUCAAAGUAAAGCAUUUGUGAUAAUGAUGGAGAAGUAUUCUUUAGUAAUAAUUGGAAAGGUGUGUUUGUGUGUGAAUAUGUAUUUCUAUUCUUUUGCAUUUUCCGUGUUGUGAAUUAAUCAAAAUCCUCAGCCAAGCUGUGGACAGCUCUACCCUGCCUGUUGCGUGGCCCCUGUGCGCAGCUGUGCGGUGGGUGUCCACGCAGACAGUGAAGCCACAUCUCUGCAUGGGAUCCAGCUGGAGGCUGCCUGCGCCAGGGGGACCGUGUGAGGAUUACCUCUGUGAGAAACUCAUCCGAGUGGGAAGCGGCGAGGUGUGUGUGUGUGUGUGUGUGUGUGUUUGUGUGUAGGGGGGGUUAACCAGCUGGGCGGAGGAGAGGCGAUUCGGACAGGCAGGGAGAUGUGCUCCAUAAAUCAUCUGUGUUAUUACCCUGAGCCUCCUAUACAGGCUCAGGCAGCCUCCCGCUAAUCCCGCUGCCAAUCAACAGUCAUGAGACAGUCUGACGCGCAGCAGGUCCCCCGCUGGACAGUGCACAGGAUUUAGAACUCACACAUUUAGCUUCAGAUGGGAAGGUACAGUACAAAUAGGCGGGUAGUGUCUUGUCUUGGUGCCUUU